AACUGGAAGCGUAACUCAAACAGGAAGCUGCGAGUGGCGUUGCAGAAACUUCACUUCAGUCUCACGAGUUGAGGAGUCAGUUUAAAGUGACACUACGAAAUUCUCACGCGGGAGACGGCAGCCCAGCAGAACAGAGGGGGGAGAACACUGAAGUCAUGUCAACUUCAAAGAAAAAACGUAUGGGCUCCCAAAGGCGCUCUCUAAAUCCAAACGCACAAGAAUCUCCAGAGACCAGUGACGCUGCAGUGAGUCCACCUUUACCAGAAGGUAGACAAAGGGCAGAUGCAGUUGUUGAUUUAAGUUCUGACAGUACACAAUCAGAUCCACCUGCGAGAAAGAAAAAGUUGAGCUCUCAACGUGGAAAUAAAGGGAAACUGCAGUUUAAGGAAACGGAUGUUAUUACUGAAUCAAGCCACGAACCAUUAGAGGAAGUGGAUGACACUACUACGCAUUCACAGGCUCUGGACUCUUUAGGUAUUAAAAAUGCAAGCACUGAUGAAACACUUGAAAGAAAUUCUACUGAAGGGAAUGGGGCAGCUGAUGAGUCUUCAUUUGCUGGUACAUCAGCAGCCAUCUCAUCUGUGCCACAAACUAGUGAUAUCCUGGACACUGAUGUGGAAACCAGAUCAGAUUUGCCUUUGAAUGAUGACCAAAAUAAAAAAUACGUACCUAAAAUUGGCAGUACUCAAGAGGGUGUGUUAACUGAAAUGGACCUUGCACAACAAAUGCCAGACAUACUUGAAGCCACUCUGCCCGCAGGUGUGACUGGAGAGAGCACAUACCCUGUCAGAUUAAUAGAGCAAGAAGACAUCAACAUCACUGCUUCACAUGACCAUAAUAAUAAACUGAAUGCAGGGGAAGAGGCAGGGCAUAUUGAAAAACCAGUUUGUCAGCAGAGUGACGAGAGCUCUCUGCCAACUGCAAAAAUACGAAAACUUGGCUCAAGUCGACGGAGAAAGGAAGUCAAUCUAAAAGAGUUACAAGAUCAAGGUCAUGAGGUGGCUGUGGAAAAUAAUAUAGCUAAUGCUUUGGAAACAGAUGAUAUUACAGUUGUGCAAAAUACUCUGGAAGUUACUGUAGAUACUCCACCGGACGAUGCCUACAGAGGGGAGGAUCAACCAGAAAUGCAUGCAUCACAAAAGGUCAAAGAUAUUGAGGAAUCUAAAGCUGAAGAGUUGUUAGUUGAUUUUAAAGACCAGGAAGUUAAAGAGACAAAACCAAAUGAUGAAGAAAAGGUUGUUGUCCCACAAGCUCUUUCUAAACUGUCAUUUGUAGAAAUCCCUCCCACAGAUGACUCAGUUGCACCUCAGUCUACCCCAAAUCCAGAUAUUACUGUCAGCGUACAAGAUGUUGAAGCAGCAAAAAUAAUAGAAACCGUUGACAGCUCUACACAGGAAGUAUUCGAAGAAACCGAUGAGCCCACUGAAAACAUUACAAUUGAGGAUUUGGUAACAUCAGGAAUCACAGGAAAAGGUGACACCUAUUCAAAAGAAAACAAUGUCCCUUUUCAUAGUGACUUUUUUACAUCAGAGGAAGCAGAAAAAAAAGAACCAGCUGAUCAAGAAAUUAAAGACAAGACCUUAAUUAGCAGCAGUUUGUCAAGUGAAAUACCUUCUGAAUUGGAUAGGGAAAAGUCUUUUAUUGCAGAAUUUAUAACGGAAGAUGAAACAAUUCAACUUGGUGAUCCCAUGUUUGGAGCACAAAUGGGAAUGCGGUCAUCAACAGAAGAGCUCCUGCAUAUUGAUCAAAAUGACAAUUCUGAUUUACUAAAUGUUUCUGCUAGUUCUGAUGCAGAGGAUAAAAAUGAGAUAUAUGUAGCACAAACUGAAGAGGUGGAUCAAGUAACAUCCUCAUCUGGGCGUGUCACUGAUGAAGACAGAGAUGACAGCGCUGAGGACCCAACAAAUAUUAAAGAUGCCUUUUCAGAUUACAAAAGUGUAGAUCUAAUAGAGCAACAAUUAGGUAAUACUUCUACAGAUGGAGUAUGCACUAUUCCAGAUCAAAUUUACAAGAGUAAAGAGGAAGAUGUAAAACUCAGUGAUAGUCAAUCUGAAAUCGUACAUAGCGAUGACAUAAUUGCACCUUCAAACACCAGCCAAGAUAAUAUUUCUGGUGAGGAUGAUGAUAUUAAAACAGAGGGAUUUUUAAAAACAGAAAGUAUAGCCACGGUGGUUCAAGAGUCAACAAAAAGCAAUACUUAUCCAAAUGAAAAUGUCAUCUUUGGAUUCUUUGACUCGGAUGAAGGAAAAAAAGAAAUUGAUGAGAAAAGCUUCAAAGAGGAGACGAUUGAAAGCAGCAAAAGUUUAUUGUCAAAAGAAAUGUGUCCUGAAGAAUCUGACAUGUUAUUACUUUCAAAAGAUGACGCCGUUUCUGAACCUAUUUGUGAACAACCUGGAAUACAUGCAACUACAGAGCUACUGUACGUAAAUGAAAGCAAAAAAAUUAAUGUACAAAAUGUCACUGCUCAUCCCGAGAAUACAACAGAUAAAGAUGUUGAUAACAACUCUGCAGGUUUAGCAGAGCUAGGGGAAAGUACAGACAAACUGCUUUUUAGUGAAACACACAGUGCAGAGGAUGAGUCUGAGGGAGUUGAUAAUGCCAUUUUAGAGCAACAACCAGAACCACUGAUAAGUUUUCAACUAAGCACUGAUCCUAAAGAAGAAGAUAAACAGUUAGUUGCUGGUGAACAGUUAGUUUAUCUGCAAAAUGACAAAACUUCCGAAUCCCAAGAGCCCCGAAUCCAAAAGACAGACACAGAUGCCCCUCUCACCUCUCCCCACUCUGAAGUUUGUGCUAAUAUAAAAAAUGAAACCACUGCGGAGUCACAGCUCAUUGGGAAUAGGAAGAAACUAGGCUCUAGUCGGAGAAUGAGGGGGAGGAGGCAAGUUAAUGAUGAGACAAAGACAGAUGAGAAACCUGUGGAAAGUAUUACACCUGUUAUAUUUACUGAAGAAAUUCAAAUUGAGCCUACACUUCAGGAGCAGGGCCAAAUAAGUGUCAUGGUCAAUGAAGACCAUGAAGUGGACAAAGAUUUAUCAAAACUAGUUUAUGAUGAAUCCUCGGAGACAGCUGAAGAUCUGCAAAAAGAACCAUCCAGCCUAAAUGUUUCAAAAGGACAAAGUGUGGAUAAUAAACUAAAACAAUAUGCUGAGGGAAAUUAUUUUGUUUUGAUGGCAGAUGAUGGGGAGAAUCAACCAAAAGAACUAAAUAACAGUAAUGACAAUGUUCCUGUUGAAGUCUCUGAAGAUCAAAUGGAGAAUAAAGAAAUGAUAGUUGGCCUGCCAAAGGAGGACAUUUCUUACAAAGAGUCUGUCCAAAUUCCACACACUGAUAACAUAAAAGCACCUCUGGCCUCUAGACAUCCAGUUGUUUCUGUUGGUGAGGAAGAUGUAACACAACUUAUUGAAAGUCAAGAUAAUACUGAAUCAAAACAAGAGAAAAUUGAUAUUACACCAAAUGAAAGUAUUGAAAUAACACAAGUAGAAUCUGUAAUUGAGACACAGAGGCAAGAAAUGACUAUAGACGGUGAUAUACUUGUUGGACAGACUGCAGAAGGCUCCAUAAAAGUUCAAGAUGAGACUUUGGAGGAACAAAUUGUAGAGGACAAUGCAUCUAAAAAUGAAAACAUCCAAUCCAACAUUACAGACAGUGUAUUAGAGGUGCGUUCAUCAUUGACACAGGAAUCAAUCAAAGAACCUCAAGAUACUGAAAAGAAUGAAGUAGAAACUGAAAUUUAUGCAUUAAAAGAGCCGAUAAAUGUUCAUCAGUUAACGUAUAUAUCAGAUAAUGAGGCUCAUGAAGAACUGGAUAGUUCUUCUUUGCUACAAGCUGAGCAUCCAGUUCAGGGAGAAAGUACUGGAGAGCCCUCUGAAACUGUGCAAUUGGUUAAUGCGCCUAAUACUGACCCACCACUCCAUGGUCCGAGAAGAAAACUGGGUUCAAGUCGAAGAAUAAAAGCAAGAAAACCAGAAUUAACUACUGCAAAUGAUGAACCAUCCAAUGAAAGCCAAGAUAUUGAUAAGGUCACAGAGUUUGUGCAGCCUGUACCAACAGAAAUUUUACCACAAAAAGAGCUAAAUAUUCCUGAUUUUGCAUCAGAAGUAAAGGCAGAACUAACAAAUCAAAGCAAUGCAAAACCUGAAGACACAAUGUUUUCACCAUCUGACCAAGAGCAGACUGUUUACUCUGAAUUCUCAAAUCAAGACAAGGAGAAAAAUAGCCAAGAAAGUAAACUCUUGGAAGAAAUACAAAAGGGAGUUCCAGCAGCAGAAAGUAGUUUUACAAUAAUAGAUCUGAAUGCCAAAGCAGAAACAGGUUCACCACACAAUGCCAAUAUAAUUCAGGGCAACACAAGGGGAGGAUCAGAGGAAAUGAUCUCUGCAAAAAUUGAAGAUGCAAUUCAGUCAGUUGUAAUAGUUGCAGAAGACAAACCAAAAGAUCAACAAGAAGGUCAAGACAUAGAGGUUUUAAAGACAACUUCUGAACCCAAAAGAAGAAAGAUGGGCUCAACUCGGAGGUCACAGCUCAACAGGAAGCAACAAGAUGAAGAGAAAUCCCCAGAACACAAUGCAGCCAUUUUUGACAUCACAACAGCUAUAAAUGAAAAGGAAAUGAUUGCAACUGCCAAAGAAGAGGAUGUUAACAUUGCUACUCUUAGCCCUGGUAAACAUGACCAGCAAAAUGAAGAGGGUGCAAAAAGGCAAAUGGUAGCACAGGAAGAUAAAAAGGAAGAGGCUUUGCAAACAGAGAAAGCUGCAUUGAUAGAGGGCAUAAAUAAAGAUGCAGCAAUGCAAAAUCUUCAACCUACUGCCAAUGAGGAAAUUCAACCAUCAAGUCCGGGCAAAAGGAGAAAAAUGGGAUCCACUCGUAAGAAUUUAUCAUCUAAAAAAGAAAGUCCACCAGAGGAAACUGUCACUCCUAUAAAUAUGGAAAAAGAGGCAGUUGUGAGUAUCUCAAAUGAAAACAUUGAACGUAAAGAACACAGUGGCUCACACAUACAUGCAGCAUCUGUGCAUCAACCACCACCAGGUGAGGAAAGCCCUCUCAGUCAACAAGGCAACCAGGAGAAACUGACAUCUGAGUCAGAGUUAGAGGUCUCUUCCCACCCUGAUGUGAUGACAGAAGACGCUGCUGUAGCGAGGAGGAGAAAAAUGGGGUCACAUAGAAAGCCCCACACAGACCAGAGCAUCAGGCAUGUAAAGGAGAGUGAGGAGAGCCCAGUACAUCCACUGGAACAACCAAGAGCAGAGUUGCCACAGCUGGGCCAAAUAGAGGCUAAUGAAAGAGACAACAAAACCUUUUCCACUGCCUCUGCUUUCAGUAUUAAAGGGGACUCUAGGCCUGUGGGUCAGAAAAUACCACAAGCAUCUCAACCUUCUAUGAAUGUUCGCCGGGCCCAGCAGAGUAAUAUCAGGCUUGCUGCAGGUUACGAUCUGAGCGUCAGUAAGUAUGAGGUGGUUAUGAUUGGAGACAGCAGUGUAGGCAAGACCUCAUUUAUGCAGAGGGCUCAGAGCGGAAGGUUUUCUCCAGAUGUCCCUGCCUCUAUAGGAAUGGAUUCAUACAAGUGGACCGUGGUUGUGGAUGGGAAAACUGUUGUGCUGCAUCUAUGGGAUACAGCCGGCCAGGAGAGAUUUCACAGUAUGACAAAACAGAUCUUCCACCGAGCCCAAGCUUUUCUGUUGAUGUACGACAUUACCUGUGCUCAGACGUUCACAGCUGUGAGUUACUGGGCAAGCUGUAUCAAGGAAGGAGCUGGAGAGAAUGUAGUUAUUUUACUACUUGGGAAUAAGAGUGACAGCAAAGAAAGAAAAGUUAGAACAGUGGAAGGAGAACUUCUUGCCCAGGAGAAUGACUUUGCCUUCCUUGAGUGCAGUGCUGCUACAGGUGAAAAUGUCAUUGAAGCCCUGGAAACAGUUGCCAGACUGUUGAGUCAAAAGGCUGCCAGACGGGAGGAGCCUCUGGUCUUGCGUAAACCUGAACCAAGAAACAAGGGAUGUUGCUAAAUGUAGCAACUUACUAUUGUGAAUAAAUGAGUAAAAAGUCAAUAUACUGUUUUAAAGUAGAGAAGGAAUUUAACUAUAUAAUUGUAUCUGUAAAGCAACAUGGAAAAAAGGUUUUGUAUAUUUAGGCUGCUUGAAUGUUGUGACUUUGGAUUAAGGGAUGGCUUUAAAUUAUGUAAAUUUGCCUUUAAAUACUAUAACUAUAAUAGUUUAUAUGCAAUCAAAACACGUGGGGA